GCAAGGAAAAUGGCGUCCAGUUCGUCUCGUAAUCCUCCUCCUUUCCCUGCAAACGACGAGCCAGGAGAGGGAUUGCCAGACUUGGCAGAUGGAGACAGUGACGAGGGAGAAGAUAUUUUUGUUAGCAAUGUAAGUAGUAAAUCCGUGAGUCGAGGAGUGUCUCAGCCCGAGCAAGGAGGCGAGCUCCCCGGGGGUGAUACGAGCAGCCGCACCAGUAAUCAGUCCAACGGAGUCAACUCUGACGACGACAACGAUCUGUUUGCCGACGCUCAACUAAGCACAGACAAAUCAUGCAGCACUGCCCGAAAAGAGCUCUCCAGCUCCUCUGGCUCUCGUCCCACCGCCUCGAUUUCGCCGAGUCCUGCUGCCGUGCCAGCCACCUCCUUGGAACAGCUGGAGGAGAACGAGGACAAGGAUACGUUUGAUGUGGAUGUUGCUGUCACCAACCCAGAGAAAGUCGGUGAUGGUAUGAAUGCGUAUGUGGCCUACAAAGUAUCCACAAGGACCUCUUUGUCCUUGUUCAGGAAUAAGACCUUCUCAGUAAGGAGGCGCUUUAGUGACUUCCUUGGACUUUAUGAGAAGCUGUCAGUCAAACAGUCACUUCAGGGUUGCAUCAUUCCAUUGCCACCAGAGAAAAGUGUUGUAGGGAUGACGAAAGUGAAAGUGGGGAUGGAUGAUCCAUCGUCAGUGGAAUUUGUGGAAAGACGACGAGCUGCUCUUGAGAGAUAUCUGCAGAGAGUUGUGUCUCACCCUUUGCUGAUACAAGAUCCUGAUGUGCGAGAAUUUCUAGAGAGAGAAGAUUUACCCAGAGCAUCAAACACACAGGCUCUGAGUGGAGCCGGCUUUCUUAAAAUGAUCAAUAAGGCAUCUGAAGCUGUCAACAAGAUGACCAUCAAGAUGAAUGAGUCUGACACUUGGUUUGAGGAUAAAUUGCAGGAGGUAGAGAACGAGGAACAGCAGUUAAGGAAGCUCCAUGCUGUGGUGGACUCAUUGGUCAAUCACAGGAAGGAGCUAUGUGGAAACACUGCAGUAUUUGCCAAAAGUAUGGCCAUGCUGGGGAACUCUGAAGACAACACAGCUUUGUCCCGGGCCCUGUCCCAGCUGGCAGAAGUAGAAGACAAGAUGGAGCAGCUGCACCAGGAGCAGGCUUCUAGUGACUUCUUCAUAUUUGCCGAGGUGCUGGCAGACUACGUCCGUUUGCUGGGUGCUGUGCGGGGCUGUUUUGACCAGCGCAUGCGGGCGUGGCAGCGGUGGCAGGAGGCGCAAAGCGCACUCCAGAAGAAGAGGGAAGUGGAGGCCAAACUGCUGUGGGCUAACAAGCCCGACAAACUGCAGCAAGCCAAGGAGGAAAUCACGGAGUGGGAGGCUAAAGUUACUCAGUACGAGCGAGAGUUCGACAGGAUCGGCAUGACUGUACGCAAGGAAGUCCUUCGGUUUGAAAAAGAAAAAGCCAAGGACUUGAAGACCCAGAUCGUUAAGUAUUUGGAGGCAAUGCUCCAGUCUCAGCAAAGGCUUAUCAAGUUUUGGGAGGCUUUCCUUCCUGAAGCCAAGGCAAUAGCUUAA